AUGGAUGAGCCAGAGAUACAGCGGCAUAUUGAAGGCGCAAAUGCAAACUUCCUCGCUGGCUGUGUAGUUUCAAGGAUCAGUCUGAACUCCAGCGUUAAGAUCACUAACAAGUUUUCUGUCAAAGCCGAUGCCAACACGAUAUUGCUAUCCUGGCGCCGAAACCCCGGUUUAGGAUUUGGCAAAGUGCAGGCAAUACUUCACUCCAUUGCCGGAGCCCUGAAAUUCUACAAUAGAAACAGUCAAGAAAUCCGGGGGCGCUGGAAUACAAACGCUCUUGUGGGAUUCUACCAACCGGAACACGCACUUGAAGCCAUAGGACACUUCAGCAGCCAACCACACAUGGACGUUCACUUGAUAUACAACUUCUACUUUACUACGCCAAGAGAGCUAUACGAUGCUAUCAGGGCUGGUGUACUGGAUGUAAUGGUGCUAGUCCCAGAAGUAGCGCCAUUUUGGCAAGAAGCAAGAAAUGACAAGGUCACAACACGUCUAUCAGGAGCAAAUCAGCAGCAAAUAGUAAACUUGAAAAGGGUAUUGGAAGCCUCGUUUGCCGGACAUAUUGCAACUGCACCAGAGCUGGACCCUGUAACGAAGGGAGAACUAGACAGUGAGACUGCGGAAGAGCUAGGCCUUGCUACGCGACACGAGAUAUGGCACGAGUUCUUCAGCACAGCACCCGGGGCUGUCUGGCUCCAGCAUCUGGCGCGCGACUAUGAAAUGACCAUCAUAAGCGAUAAAUUGCAGCAGCGGCUACGCAUUUACGACCCAUCCGAGAAUGACAAGAAAAUCGAAGAGGUUGAGUACCAGCUCGCAAAGAAGGUAUUUCUGCUCGAGGGGUCAAGGGAAUCACACGUGAUCCAUUUUGGAAAAAAUGCUUUCCGCGAGUUUCUUGCGUCCGACAAAGUCGUAAGGGCGCAGUCAACCCUGGGCGCAUCACAAGUCAGUCUCGACAUUCUCAAGAAAGCCCUCGUCCUGCACUGCCCGUGUGUGGAUGCAUUGUCGCUUGCCUCUGAGCUCAACUUGCCAUUUACAGAACUGGAAAGAACAAAAGACAUUACCACGACGUGUUCUCAAUGUGGCCAAGCUACCGAUCAAAUCCAGUUUUCAGCCUGCAACCACUUCAUCUGCAGGGACUGUUUCAACAACCAAAUCCACGUAUCAGCAUCCGACCUCACGGGCAACUACUUCCCGCUUGUAUGCUGGCACGACGACUGCGAGACGCCCAUCGCCUUGGCCGAUAUCCGCAGAAACACCACCAGCAAAACAUUCGACGCCCUUCUCACCGCCUCUCUGACUCACCACGUCCGGUGUUACCCCGAUCUAUACCGUAACUGCCCGACCACAAACUGCAAGUCCGUGUACCUCCGCCACGGAUCCUACGAGAUCUUCAUCUGUCCAACUUGUCUGGCCCAGACAUGUACCCGAUGCGACUUGCAGGCCCAUGCCCCGUGGACGUGCGAGAGCUACGGGGUGCAUCUUCGCAAUAACAGGCGGAAUGAGGAGCUGCUGGAUGACUACAUGGCGCUCGCUGGUACCAAGGAGUGUCCAAAGUGCGCGACGCUUAUCGAGAAGUGCAUAUACGUCUGUUUGACGUGCGUACCGAACUGGGCCCAUCGAUUACAUGAUUUUGGCGAGAUCUACCAAGCUUUCUCACGCUUGCCUCUGUCUGACGUGUCGAUGAAGAAGAAAGCCAGCGGCUGA